AUGGUUCUCCUGGUACGGAGAAACGAUUAUGUUACUCUGAGACACGCGAUUAACUCAUUGAUUUAUUUGAAUGCUGUCCUGCGCGAGUCGAAGAAUCCCGUUAAAAUCUUCAUCUCAAGCCUUCCAGACAAAGAGAUUCGAAAUAAAUUGGAAAAAGUCUCUAGUGUGAGUAUCUCGGCCAGCUAUAAACGAACGAAAUUUACAAAUAUCUCGAUACGCUGCAGACAAGCCAUUGACCAGCUCCCAGCUCAUCAGCGCUGUUCAGAUAAACACGAAUUACCUGCGCUGGCUGAGAAAAUUCGCGAGCAAAGCCUGUUGUCACUUCGCAACGAUCUCCUUACAAUCGACUCGCAGCUAAAGGUUUGGCCAUUUGCACUUCUCUACGCCCACGAAUAUGUUGAAAUCAAGAUGCAAUACCUUACCGCGGGCUCAUCUCUAUGCUCAUAUUUCGAAGAAAUAGACCAGAUCUAUGGUGUUAAGCCCGCCGACCGUGUUUACUACGUUGCAGCCGGCAUUGAUGAAUUAUGUCUCGACACAUGCGACUUCAACCAAGGCAAUCCACUCGCUUGGGAAGAAUUCUUUAGCGAAAUAAGCCCAGGAGGACUGUCCAUCUUUGCAAUGCGCCACUUCUUGUUCGUCGGUAUUCUAUUAGACUGGUGGGAAGACGCCCCUGGAAGAGUCAACGACAGAGGUCCCAAUCUCCUCACCCUUGCCGCUCGGGCUCGAUCUGGAAAGAUGGCACCGUCCUUAGCCGCGGUGUCGCAGCGGAUCGAAACAGCUAGAUAUCUCGUCCAGGAAGCGCAUGCUGAUGUGAGCCAAAGCUAUAAUCUGGAAGAAUUGCGUGAGGAUUAUGAGGAGUCCAUCACAAUGCUGCUUUCACUGGUGAUUGCUGCGAAAAUCAAGGACAAGGAGCUCCUCCAAAUUCUUGUGCAUGCAGGAGCAAAUGUGAGAGUGCCAGACCAGUUUAGAAAUUUCCUAGCUGUUGCAAUCCGGUUUAGAAACACCAAGGGUGCGGAACAUCUGAUACAGAAGGCAGGUGCGGAUGUUGACCUGCUUGUUAAGGGGGCGACGGCAGUAUUUAAAUACAACGCCAGAGGUAGUAACUUUAAAACAGUCAAGUACUUGGUCGGCGCGAGUGCGAAUAUUCACAAGAAAUUUGAGAAAGACGGUCUUGUCACCUUGGCCGUAUCUAAAAAUACAUCGAACUUGUCAAUAUCCUCAUUGACUCUGGAGCAAAGAUCAACAUGUAAGAGCAGUUCCUGGCAGUUGUCAACAAUAAGUUCCUUGAUAGUGUCAGAUACAUGGUAUAAAAGGCGGCAGUUCCUAUCUGAAGCACGGUAUGGCUGUGUUCUCGAAAAGGCAGCAGUCGAGGAUAAAAUAUGUAAAUUACUAAAAGCCGCAUCAUUCCUCGGUGGUUACACCGAGUCUGUGAAGCUUCUGAUCAGUCACGGUAUCGACGUGAAUUUGUCGCUACAGCACGGCAACUACGGUAGUGCACUUACAGCAGCCGGAGCAUCCGAUUAUAAAAUCGGAGCUUUCAAAUUCUUAGUUGAAGCAGGGGCAAAUUUGAAUCUAUCGCUACAGGGUGGUAAUUUUGAUAGUGGGCUUGCAGCGGCAGCCUCUCAGCGAGAUGUCGAACAUAAAAGUGUCUAUUGGAAACGGGGGGGCAGACUUGGACCAGCCACUGAAAACAGAGACUUUGGCAGUACUCUUGCACUGGCCUCGGCAUGUACUUCUAUCGAUAUUAUGAAUUGUCUCCUCGAGGCAGGCGCAGAGGUUAAUCCCACUCAAUCGCGAGACAUAAGUUCAGGGGGUAGAUCUGCCUUUGAUACGUUAACUCACGAGAUGAUUCAUGAUAAAGAACCUGUGACCUGCACAUCAUGCAGAUGCAGACCCAUUGACCUCGAUGUUCACCGUAAUCUCGAUUCUCACAUUCCCUCGUUCUCUCGUUGGGAUUGCGAGCCUCGGUCUUAG